GCUCCGAGUCCCGCUCGGCCGCCCGGAGUCCUUGGGCGGGGGCGAGUCCGCCUGCUCCGCUCGCCGAUCCGGGGUUGUGCCUUCGUCGCGCCCUCCGCCGCCGCUUCCUCUCCGCCCCUCGCCCCGCUCAGAAGCCUCGCGGGCCCGUCUCGGUGUGUCUCAUGGACAGGCACAAAGUGAAGCGCCAGAGGCUGGACCGCAUUUGCGAAGGUAUAAGGCCUCCUAUUGGUAAUGGCCCGAUGUCAGCUCGUCCACUGGUUGCCCUCCUUGAUGGCAGGGAUUGCACUGUAGAGAUGCCUAUCCUGAAGGAUGUUGCCACGGUGGCUUUCUGUGAUGCACAGUCAACUCAGGAAAUUCAUGAAAAGGUGCUAAAUGAAGCUGUUGGGGCUCUGAUGUACCACACCAUUACCUUGUCGCGCCAGGACCUGGAGAAGUUCAAAGCUCUCCGGGUCAUUGUGCGAAUUGGCAGUGGCUAUGACAAUGUGGAUAUCAAGUCAGCUGCAGAAUUAGGCAUUGCGGUGUGCAACAUCCCUUCUUCUUCUGUGGAAGAGACAGCUGAUUCUACCCUCUGCCACAUCCUGAAUCUUUAUCGUCGGGUUACUUGGCUCCACCAGGCCAUGCGAGAAGGAAACAGAGCCUCAAGUAUGGAGCAGAUCAGAGAGGUGGCUGGAGGGGCAGUGCGUAUCCGUGGUGAGACCUUGGGCAUCAUCGGUCUUGGUCGAGUUGGGCAAGCAGUUGCCCUACGUGCAAAACCUUUUGGCUUCAAUGUGGUUUUCUAUGAUCCAUAUCUGCCUGACGGAGUGGAGCGUUCUCUGGGAUUGCAACGGAUGGCCACCCUGCAAGAUCUGCUAAUGCAGAGUGACUGCAUCACAUUGCACUGCAGCCUAAAUGAGCAUAAUCAUCACCUCAUCAAUGACUUCACCAUUAAACAGAUGCGUCAAGGCUGUUUUCUGGUGAAUACUGCUCGUGGAGGGCUGGUUGAAGAGAAAGCCCUGGCUCAAGCUCUAAAGGAGGGGAGGAUUAGAGGGGCAGCACUGGAUGUGCAUGAGUCAGAGCCUUUCAGCUUUGCAAAUGGGCCCCUAAAAGAUGCACCCAAUGUGAUCUGUACUCCUCACACAGCCUGGUAUAGUGAACAGGCUUCCAUUGAGUCUAGAGAGGAUGCGGCUAAGGAGAUCAGAAGAGCCAUCACAGGUCACAUACCUGAUUCUUUGAGGAACUGUGUCAAUAAGGAGUACUUGCUUUUAGCGGCUCAGUGGUCCAGUAUUGAUCCUGCAGCUGUACAUCCAGAGCUUAAUGGAGCUGCAGCUUACAGGUUUCCUCCAGGAGUAGUAACCUCUGGGCUGCCAGAGCCAGCAGUAGAGGGGAUUGUAGCUCACGGCAUUCCUUCUGUGUCUCAUUCUGCACCACAUACCCCUUCUCCAGGAGAGUCAAGCAAAUUGGAGCCAGACAGAGAAAUCUCCACUGACCAGUAGCAUCUCUGUUGUCCUUUUCAUCCCUCAUAAGAAAACAGGGGAGGUCUCCUGUUUUUAGGACAUAUUGUGAUCCCCAUGGACUGUUUCCUGUUCACACAGGACAGGAGAAUGCAUUUCAUUGUUGGCAAAUUCAAUCUCUUGCCUUUAAACAGGUAUUUUAUAACAGAUUUAGUUUAAAUCUCUUGGUGAAUCUCUUUCCUUGUCUGGGGCAAUGAAGCAGUGACUUUUUCAUCCUCUUGGUAAUGUUUAGUUUUAACAUGCAAGUCCUCAUGUACCUGCCUCCACUGUGCGAUAUACAGGAGAACAGUAUCUGGCUGAACACUGAGAAUUCCGGUGAUUCCAAGGCUGGUGUGUAAUUUUUAAGGUGGUUUCUUAGUUUGAAGCUAAGUCUCAGGUACAAAUGACAAAGAACACUGUAAUGAGGAAUGGGGGAGGCUGUGCAUAUGGAUCGCUUGGUAGGAAGAUAGGGAGCCCUUGCUCAGUGGUGGGCACUUACUGCUUUGAUCCUGCCUGCAUGCUGUUACCUGAUGUGAUUGGUGGGUGAUUUGCUCCCAGGGGGCUGAGGGUAAGUAAUUACAAAAGCCAGAGUGAAUUUGAAAUUCUGCCUGGAAUCUGAUUUGUGUUCAAAAUUUGCAGAGAAGCAGUUGAAUUGUCUUGAUGGCCAAGAUGCUUAUGAAGUUGCAGGAAGGAAGGUUCAACUGAGAUUUGGUCCCAGCUCAGGGAAUGAGGACUCAGCUCCACAUAGGGAGAUAGGAAGAAUUUCAGAACUCAAAGCUUCAGGUUAUGUAAAUGCCUGUUCUUUGCACGCUAAUAGUGCGACUUUACUACAAGAUGAUGAUAAUGCUGAAAUCCUAGAACUUAACUUAGGACCUAAGUCUCUUUGACCUGUCUUUUAACACACAUCAAAGGCCAAGCUAGGAUUGUUCCCUCAGAUUUUGUCUAGUGCGAAUUGUCCCAGGUGUGUGCUGAAUCUUCAUGUUCUUUACUUCAGCUCUUUUCUCUGAAUUGAGUCCUUGUCUUGCAAGAAACAAAACCCAACAAAAUUCAUUUUUGGAGCCUGCAGAUAGCUACGCAGAUCAUUUCUGAAAAACUUAAGUUGGUCUAUUAUAUGGCAAGUUUGUAACUUGGAUGUGUUUUAAAGGAGGCAUUUAAGCCCUAUUUAAAGGCAGAACUAGGGUUGUAAAUUGUCUUUUAUGGGUGGAUAUUGCUUAUUCCCUGGCACAUUGUGCAAACCGUGCAUACUUCAUCAUGAAACAAAAUAUUUAUUAUUGUUGGAAGGUAGUCUUGUCAUGUUGCUUGGACUUCACAGUACUCUUUGACCAUGAAAAAAAUAGGGCUUUUAACUAACCUGCCUAAAUUAGCAGUGCAGAGGGGGAUUUUGGGAACAGAAUGGGAAUUCUUUAUUCUGCUUAGAAUCCAUCUUUCCCUUUUCCAAACAAAAAAACCAGCCAGGAAACCCUGAAAUUACAUACAGAAGAAACACCAACUUAGACCUUUGCUUACAACUGAAAGUUAAUAAGGGAGCACAUUCCCAAGCUUUCCAUUGUUCUCCAGACUGCCUUGCAAAUGUUGCAGGAUUUUUUUCAAUGCCAAAUGCUAACUAACAGGCAUGUGGGUGGUCCCUUUAAAGUGAGGCAGGAGUUGAGGAAGAUGGAAAUGUAAUUUUUGCAUUGUCCAGAUUUGGUUCUUUCCCUGAGAUGAUAUAUGGUUCCCUGAUAGUGUGUGCUUUGUUAGAAUGUGAGUUGGAAGUGCUUGGUGUAGUGUAGGCUCUGAUAGUGGGGGAGGCGCAAUAGCUUUAUAAUCUCUUGGAUGAUUAUGACUACGUGUUUAAAAUUCACAUACCUCUUGGGUUGCUCAGGGUUUUUAGCACUACAUGCAUGGGGAGUGCAUACUAACAGAUGUUAGUGCUAAAUGUGUGGCAGUAAAUGUGGGGAGCCUUUGAGUGAAGCCUCCAGCUCUGAAGAGCAUUAGUUUGGGGCAAAAGCAACAGCUUCAUCUUGUUAUUUAAUCUGUGUACUAAUCUGCCCUAACCAACCGAAAAACUGGAAUUAGGUAACAUUUGUGCUAUUCCAGGCAGAACAUAUUCUGGCCCUUAGCGAAGGUUAAAGAAUUGGGAGUGGCUUCUGGGACAGCACAGUCCCUCAAUCCCAUCCCCUCUCCUUGUGUGUGAAUUGCCUUUGCCCUCUUAUCUCGGUUUCAAAAUCUUGGUUCAGGGUGCCCCCAGAUCUGUGUUAAUAGCAUUAACACUGGUCAAACCAAACUGAAUCAGAGUAAAGAAGGCAAAAGGAAUGUGCCUGUGAGAAGAAACACAACAAGUGAUCCCAUGGCCUGCUGUGGAUCUGUUAACCCUAGUCAAGGGCCAGCAUUGUUUUAUGUCUGCACCAGCCCUUGAAAAUGUAUGCUCUCUACUGGUUAAACUAGCCAGUUGUAAGUGGGCUGCAUGUAUUACCCUUCACAAUCCAUUUGUUGAGGGGAAAACCCUAAUCUACUAAUGUUAAUAUAUUUUUGAUGCACCUCAAUCACAACAUCAGGUGCUACUCGAGAGGGUAAUUCAGGGCUGUGUGUAUCCUUUGCCAACUGCCCAUCAUACUGAACCCUAAAACCUGAUACAUAAUGAAUAAGAUAUCAAGUUUGAUUACAGAGCCUCUACUUGCAUGGUGCCGAAUACAUACUACCCUGGAUAUGAGGAAAUAAGCCUCGCUACUCUCCAUGGUUCUUGCCCUACUAGGAGAUACUGGUGUAUUUCACAGGCCUGUUGCAACCCAACUACUAUCACUGUGGCUUUAUAACUGCCACUUAAGUUCUGGCAUCCCAUGGAUUGAGCGUUCCUACUUUAGAGAAUCAGGAAGCUCAUUACCCCAGUGUCAUAUUGUAUUACAAACAGAGUACAUCAGCAGCUUUCCCCCUUUCUACUAUCUUCUGUUGAUAAGAUUUCUGAUCAAGGUCCCCAGCUGUGGAAUUGCACAGAGUUUAUUCAUCUUGCCUGUUUCAGGGAGUAGUGCAAGGUACACUUAAUUAAAGGUGGCAGCCGUAUAUUAGUAAGCAAGAUAUUUUUACACAUGAAUACCUCUAAAGACUUAUCAGGUAAAACCUCCAUAAGGAGAGAAUUUGGGAAGAUCCCAGCUGGCUAGCACUGAGCCUCUUGUUUUGUCUAGAAACCAUGCUGGUUAGCAUUCUAGAAAUACAUUCUUAACGGUAGGGUUGCAUCUGUCUGAAUGCUGAUGGAACAUGGUUUAAGCCUUAAGCCCUCAAAAAUAACCAGUAUUACUCAGACCUACAUUUGGGAAUUAAAAUGACUUUGAAAUUACCAGAGUGGCAUUACUUGAGGGUCCAGAUCAGGUUUGAGAAUUUAGCUAUAAUCAAGCUUCUGUUCCAGAAGGCAGGACUGGUCAGGUGCUGAAGAAAGUGCUCCAGUUGCACAUCAUGUUAUACUGUUGGCUAGAACUAGCAGUUCCCACAAGAACAGGGUGAAUCUUGAGUAUAAAUGCUAAAGCAGAGUUUCUCGCCUGACGCCAAACAUUGGUUCAGUGACCCCUUUCUCAUGUGUAAGGAUGUGCAACUCCUGGCUCCAAGUUUUACACAUGGUGGGGGAAGAAGGAAAUGAGAGAAAUAAAAACUCAUUUUUAAAUUGCCUUCCUUCAGAAUUAAUGUGGAGCUUAAUCCCAAAGAACGUCUUUUCCUAAUAUUGAGGCAGGAGUGCCCUGGGUCAUGCCAAGCUUAUCUGCAGGAGGAGCUCACUCUGUCCUAAGGUAUAUUCUGCUUGUCAGGUUUGCUGUUGCUGACCAGCUUUUUUUAUAGAGGACUCAGAGUUUCAGAAAUAUAUUUUUGUAGACAAUAACUAAACUGUGAAACUUAAACAAUAAAGCAUGUAAAAGCAUUUCCAACAAUGUUUCCUGUACAGAUGUUUCUCCCUUCAACUUUCUCCUGGCUUUUGUUAGAAGUUUGACAGUUUCUUGAAUAUAUUUUAAUAAAUAUUUCCUUUAUGGUCA